AUGUCUCGAUAUGCUGGGCCCAUGCCGCCAGUCCCGCGCAGAGGGCCACGAUGGUCCCACAUUCAUCACCCCGGCACGGUGAGCUUCGAUCUUGGUUCAACAGAGUCGCCAAGUUCUCCCGGCAGCACAUCGACUCACUCCACUAUCCGGGAAGACAAGAGACGCAAGACUGAGCGCCACUGCACUAUUUCCGUGAAUGAUGGCUACUCCAAAGACGAGGUCCUGCUCAACUUGGACCACCUUGGCGGGGACAUCAAGCCCGGCGCCCUCAUGGCCCUCAUACCGUUAAAAGGUGACUCGAAGAACGCUACAUGUGGUUAUGGAAGCGUCAGUAAGCAGCCCCAUGAACACCUCGAUAGUGCCAGGGCAGCUUCGGGCACCCACAGCGACCAUGAUCACGGUGCCGGACAUACGUACAUAUUCGUCGCCAAGGACAUGUCCAAGGAGAUGAAGGCUCGACACCCAGACACGGAGGUGCAUGUUGCCAAACAUAUUGCGGAUGCUUUUUUUAUGAAGAAGGGCUGCCACGUAUUGCUGCGACCUGUCAACCAGCAUCACCCUGCUGUCGAAGCCACACAUGUUGAAAUGUCCUUCAAAGACCAGUAUUUGUCAAGAGCCGACAUGUGGAGGCUGGCUGCUGGAGAACUAACGCAGCGGACUGUGUAUAAGGGCCAGUCUCUAUUCUUCAUGGGUACAAUCAAAGCUCAGGUCACUGCAGUCUAUGUCAACGGCCACACCGUCCAUUCUGCUUUCUUCGGAAAGGACACCAGACCCAUUUUCCGCAGCGAGUCUGCCAAAUAUGUCCUCUUUAUUCAAAUGGCGCGAGAGAUGUGGGACUUUGAUUCUGAGGCCUCCGGCGAAAUCAUGUUCAACAAGGUUGUCAAUGGAUUCUUGCCUGCCCUCUUCAAACGCUGGGCGGUUCUCAAGGUGAAGCAUCUUGUCAGCAUAGUGCUAUUCGCCCGUGUCGAGUAUGAUACCGGCAUAAGUGCGGAUCUCGCAACUAGCUCCCUACUCGACGAUUACUACACCGGAAUGCAACCGUACGGAAACCGACGCCCGUAUAAGGACUUUUAUCGUGUCGUCGUCAGCGAGAUGGCAAGCGGAGAGUGGACGACCAUUCUUUACCAACUCAAGCGGGAAUUCAACUUCUUUCGCCGAGACAUCACCUUGCAUCAUCAAAAGGUCAGGGCAUUUGGGCACAGACCUUCCGACGAGGACGGAGCAAAGGACGGUAUAUCCAGUCCCGCCAAAGCAGAAUCCUCUUUAUCAAUACACGGCAACGUGCUAGAGGCGAUCAAUAUGGCGGCUUCUCAGUUCUCACAUGACUACAUUGAUCGAGAUCUUACCAGGACAGGAAUUUCCAUCGCCGUGAUUACUCCUGGACCUGGUGUGUUCGAAGUUGACUAUGAAACCUUGCGAAGAACUACUGAAUCUCUAGUUGGAAGCGGCAUUGGUAUUGAUUUGAUUUGCAUGGCCAGCAUGCCGCUGCAUUCUGUACCACUUUUCAAGUACCGAAACCCUCAAUUCUCCGAGGAUGCGCAUCACAGCCAAGGACAUGCACUCUCUAGGUCAUUUCAUAGUCGUGAUAGCACACCCAGCCACCCCACGCCUGUCAUCGGAAGCUAUCAAUCCAUGUCCGGUUCAUUCUCUCCUACCAAAGCGUAUAGUUUGGCCGGACGAAUCGAGACCCUCGCCCUUACUGGAGCUAAUGAAGAGUUUUGUUACGCGCUUCCCCAGUGGCUACACGUCUCGUUUUGGACCGGUGCAGCGGAAGAGUCAUUGUCCUAUGCCGGUAUCGCGCUGACCGUAUCCAACAAAGUUGAGCAAGAAGACAAGGACUGGUUCAAGGUGCGGUGUCGGAUGUACGACUUGCAGAUGCGAAGCGUCCUGGACGCAAAUGAGAUCGAGACUGCUCCAUUGCAAUCCGACUCUAGUUAUCCAAGUCAUCUCGUCCAAGCAAGUGCAAUAGCGAAGAAGCGGCCAGAUCGGCCAGGAGACACUAUAUACAUCCCUAACAAGCAAGCCCCCGAAACGCUGUUCGACCAUGUAUAUGGCUUUCAAAAAUUUGUCCCUGAAAAGCUGGUCCGACCAGGGGAAAAGUCUAUCUGCAAGCACCUGCAAGAAUAUGAUGACGCAAAAGCGAGACUCCCCAGGGCUCGUCCUUACCACCAACACCAACCAUCUAGAAAUAAAACAGAGUUUGAAGAUGUCGCCCGGAGACAAUUAAACGACGAUACAUCUGCGCUGGGGACGUCUCUCCCGGAACGGAGAGCCUCAACUUACCUACAACCCUCUCACAUGCAAGCCUCCAGAAAGUUCUCUUUGACCACAACAGAGGUAGAGAAGCCGGUCUUGUCUGCGCCUAAACCAUCUCCAGAGCCGCCACCGUCGACUGCAAUAUUCAAGAAAGCCCCGUCCAUAAAACAGCCCAAAUUUAUGCGGCAGAUUAGCCUUGGGCAACGUGGAUUCGGAAUAGCCGCCCCAAAGGUAGCAGCCGCUGAACUCAAAAUAGAGACAGUUGGAGCUGCUGCCGUCUCAUCGAAUUUGCGUCCGCCCUCCAGCGCGCAUUCAUUUUCUGAUCUCAGGCCGUCGACGCCGCAAACAAUUACCAGCCGUUCAUCCUCUGCCUCGGCCCAGAGGCAAAAGUACGAGACGGCGGACAGCACUGCUGAUGGUGUGCCUUCAACACCCAGUAUCCCGAUUUCCAGAGAUAGUUUCAACAGGCCGGGCACGGCCGUCAGUCAAGUCAAAUCGCCGUCAGUUUUACCAGUUGCUGCAAGCGCACGCCGUGAGCGACGCCCCGAAGACAGCGACGUCCGCUUUUCCAAUGCGCUACGGGCAGAAGACGCACAAAAGGUAUAUACCAGUAAACUCCGGGCCGGCGUUGUACCAGAGUUGCCCUCAACACUCUCACCUACCACAGCCAUCACGCCUUGGCUGACGCUGCUCAAUCCUUCGAACCCCGAGCGCCACAAAAUUGACGACACCAUUCUAUAUAGUCGGUGGCAGCAUGUAUUUCCACGGACAUCUGACAUGAAGGUUCAAAAAUGGAAGACGUUGUGUUGUCCUGCGGCGGUUCCUCUGACAACUGAAUAUUUCCCGGCCAAGGCUCAAUUUGACGCAGAAUACCAGAGGCACCCCUACAAUAUUGAUCAGAACUUGGAUGAUGACGUGGUCGAUGAGCCCAAAUCACGAAAGGAUUUUAUCAAGGAACUCAUUAGCAUGCGAUUCUCUCAGGGAUUUCAGGUCAUUGUUGGACCGUCAGUUGCACGGGCAUUCGGGCAAAAAGUCAUCAAAGUUGCAGAUGUCUUCGCUCGCGAUCAGCCGUUGGAUGACGGAACAAGUGUAUUCAUGUCUGUUGGAAACACGAUCCACCAAUUGUCCUGUGUCAACGGUAGUGAAGUUGAAGUAAACAUUUAUUUGCGGAAGCCUACCGACGUCACUGCUGAGUCCCAAAGAUAUCCAUCAGCCUACAGGCCAGCAAUUCGCACCAUAUUCGACACUGAAUAUGAAACUCGUUCCUUUGACAUUCUGACACCAAAGAUGGAUAGAAAUUGGAAUACAAUCGACUCAUAUUUGGCUGGACACUAUGACCAAAUGAUGGAUAGCUUAAGAUUUUGGCGAGCAAGAUUCGUGCUCAUCCCCCUCGGUCCAAAGCACCCCUUGAUUCAACGCGUCCAAACUAGUGAUAACCCAGAAGAGUUGCGCAUUGAGGGAAUAAAACGAUUAUGUCAGAUUUGGCAAAAGCAUCGAUAUAUGGCACCCUCUGAUCGACGAUUUCAGCCAACCGCAAAGCGGCGCAGCCCCUUGGAUAUUGUGUACAAGACUGAAGACCCGUCCGUGGUGAUUGCGGCAGAGGUCGAGACGCUUCCCAUUUUGGAGAACUUGGAGGGUCCGCAUCGCAAGGGCGGACUUGUGACAAGAAAGGAGCGGUUCCAAAAGGGCAACUUGAAUUUGGCGACAUUGGCGGAAGCAAUGCAACAGCCAGUCGAAAAUGGCGGAGUGCCACUGAGGAACCGGCGAUGGCAUCUCAGGCUUCACAAUGCCGCAUUUAUCGGAUCUGACAUGACUACUUGGAUCCUGGACAAUUUUGAGGACUUGGAUAGUCGUGAGGAGGCCGAAGAACUUGGUAACGCUCUCAUGGUACCUAAUGAACCAAAGCACAAGGACAAGGACAAGAGCAAAGAUAAAGAGAAGGACAAGGAAAAGGAGCAUGCAGAGCCCAAGAGCGAGAAGGAUCGCGGCUUGUUCGUCCAUGUCGAGCGGCGCCACAACUUUCGAGACGGCAAUUACUUUUAUCAGAUUGCGCCGGAAUUCGCAAAGCCUCAACCGGGGUGGUUCAGCAGCAGACGUCGGGAUGUCACCUCUCCUGCUGCGCCAGGAUCAGACGGCGGCAGCAUGGACUCCCCGCGGUCCAAUAUGCCACGGCCCCUGGUGCCGAAUGACCCGAAGUCCCCAGCGUCGUUGGGACCUGCCAUCGGAUCCAGCCAGUUGCUCAAGAAUAGGCCCAAGGUUGUGCUCAGCAAGAUGAUCAAGUACGAUAUCGACCCUCGUAAGAGGUCAUACCGCCCAGAGCGCAUAGACCUGCACUACGAUCGCCUCCAUAAUCCAGACAACUGCUACCAUAUACGAAUUGGCUGGAUGAACACCACGUCCAAACUCGUCGAAGAUACGAUAGAAAGCUGGGAGCGUGAAGCCAGCCAGUACGGCCUCCGUCUCGUCGAGGUCCCCAUCAAUGAGGCCUGUCGCAUUACGGAAACCAACCCUUUCCGUAAGCCGUACCGCAUCAGACUCGCCAUCCGGCCACCGCUCGAACGCCCGGAAACAUACUACGACCCCAACUCCCUCGACCUGCAAGCCGGCCCCAGCAAGAACUUCUACCAGACCGUCAUCCUGAAAAACUUCGACUUCGUCCUCGACAUGGAGGCCGCAUCCAACUUCCCCUCAGACGUAGACGUCCGUUACUCCUGGGGCAAACCAGACUUUAGCUACACGCAAUACAUCCACCGCUCAGGCGCGGUGCUCGCCCAAAUCACUGACGAGGGCGACUUCCUCGUCCUCGCAAACAGACUCUACAACAAGCGCACCAGCAUGGCUCGUGACAAAGAACUCCGCAGCCAAGUUCACUCCGAGCAGCAGCAGCAACAACAACAGCAGCAGCAGCAGCAGCAGCCACAGCCUCUUCCCCCUCUAAACACCAACACGCGCGCCAUGGCCCAAAUCGCCCCCUACGUAUCCGGCCACCCAACCACAAACUUGCCCGAGUCCGCAGCACCCCUCGCAUCGCCCCAAGUGCGCCCAACAUUCUACCACUUCUCGCCGGCGUCCCGCCCCAUCGACGCAUCUAUAUACGGAUCCAAAAUCUCCUACCCGGCAGGACGGUCUGAGCCCGAGGUUCUUAAGACGGAACUCGAGGCUUUUUGUCUCAACGAAGUAGCCCUCACGGCCUUUUACAAAGAUAUCCUUGACAAGGGCCAGCGUCCCCACGGCACGCCCGCUUCAACGGCUACAACGCAGUCUAUUGCGGGGCUAGAACCGGUGCCAGAGGCAAGUAUACCCUCUUUAGGACUGGGGCCAGGGAUUCUGGGAGGAGACGGUGCUGGAGGAGUGGGAAACGGACAUUCUGCUGCGAUGGCGAGCAUGCGGAUGAGCAGUCCUAUGGCGUUUUUGAGGAGGGGGAGUGUACAGUAUGAUGGGAUGGGCUUGGGGUCCAAAGGAAAGUAA